AUGGCAGAACCCAGCGCAGCAACACAGGGUGGCGGUGGGUUGUUGGGGAAAUGGAUGGAGGAAUUAUUGAAGAAUGGGGGUACGCCUCUGACGAAUCCUAAGGACAUUACGGACAAAUUAAAGAGCGAUUUAGUGAAAACAUGGAAUGAUUUGAAGAAGUGGGUGACUAGGGGGAAGGACGAGUCGAAUGAAAUAAAGAACUUCUGUGAGAACAUAAAGGAGACGUGGCCACGAAGUAACAAGCUGCUGGGUGGGGCUGUGAAGGAGAUGUGUAAGGCUGCUGCUGAAAUAAGGUAUUUCAUGAGUGGUGUAGAGACGAAGGGGGGUAAGUUCAGGAACGAGAAGGAUGAGACACCCAAGUAUGAAACAGUGGAAGGUCCUGAAGCCUACAGACGUUGUGUCGUCGGCGCGCUUGUUCUGAACGAACUGUAUGGUGACCACUGCUAUUUGGGGGACGCCAUCAAGCACAUGUCGCAGAGCGUGGAAAAGAAGUUACAGGAGGAACACAAUGACGCUAUCGCAAACUUGGAAGCAUGUAAGGGAAUUACCGCGAAGGACUUAAUCGUCGCGAAAGCAGUUCUCGGGGAUACAAUCAAGGAGUGGGAACAGACAACGAAGGAAUCGGGGCGCGCGUCAAAGUGGAGGAACGUGGGUUUUAGGCUCGGGAAGCCAUGGAUGAGUUUGCCGAGCGCAUGUGGGGGAGGAAAGCAGGGAAAUGGGAAGGAAACAGAGGAAAAGAAUAAGGACACUAUCGGAAAUUUCCUUAAAGUAGGCAGCGACACUAAUAGGGACCAAAUAAUGAACGAAUUAAUAAGUGAUAAGGAGUCGUUAACAAUCGGAGACUUGAAGAGAGCAAUAAUGUCGUCUAUGCAGAAUGAUGGCACUCCUAACGUAGACACCUUAAUGAAAAACGUAGGGAACAGAAUCCAGAAAAAUGAAGCUCAGGAGUGCAUGAAAGACAGCAGCAAGGAAUUUUGCGUGCGCCUAAAAUGUGCAAAAGAACACUGGGAAUUGAAUGAAGGCCAGGGCGGCAACAACAACAGCGAUGAAUUGUGGGGAAAACGCGUGAAGAAUGAAUUUGACAAUCUCUUUACUCGGGGGACUGCUAGUAAUGGUGGCACCCAAGGUGCUAAAUGCGACAAGGACAAAGACUUAGAUAGUGCAAAUAAAGAAGCAUGCAAACACAUUACAGCUAAAUUAGAAAAUAUAUACACAACCACAGGUGGCAAACACCAAUUAUCUGAUCAAAUUGUACAAUGUCUUUUGUUAAGAGCUUAUGCUGAAAAAUUAAAUGAACGAGCAAAACAAGAAGGGUAUUGUGACAUACAACCCGGUAUAAAAAGGGCAUUCGAGUUUGCAAGCGCCAUUAAAACAACUAAUUGUAGGAAUAAUAAGUCCUGCAUUGUUUGCAACCUAAACGACUAUAACCAACUUGACAGUUGCCCCAUUGGCAAAGAUGCCACUGACAAAGUGAAGUCCAAAGUGGAUGAAUGGUUCAAGAACGAUCAAACGAAGAGCACGAAAAUGCAACAAACCUUGGCUGACUUCAAUAAAGAAAAUACCUUAUGCAAACGUAUACAAUGUGCAUCGAAGUGGUAUGAGAACAAGGGGAGUGGACAGAACAAAUUCUGGAAUGAGCAUGUGAAGAAAUUAUGGGAAGAAUUAGCAGGAGCAAUGACAACAGAUGGCAAAAAGGAAAACCGAGAAUGUGCUAAAGUGCCAGAUACCAAUGGUAUCAAUGGUACUAGUGGUCAAAGAGAAGCAACUCAUUCUGAAAAGACGGCGUGCAAUUAUUUGCAUGCCGGCUUAAGCAAGCUGUACAGCAAAGAUGCGACGUCGGCCGCCGCGCCGGCGGCGGCGACGUCGACGACAGUCGACGACAACAUCUUAAAGAACAACCCAUCGUUUAGACAAACGAUGGGUUGUUUUUUACUUCACGCUUAUGCAAAAAUAAUGAAAGAAAAGGCAAUUUGUAAUAUUGAUAAAGGGAUAACACAGGCAUUUGAGUCAUGGAAUGUAAGUUCUAAUGGUAAUUGCAAUGGCAAGGAACCUUGUGUUCCUUGCCAUUGGAAAGAGACCGACUAUGAGAAUUGCUCCAUUAACACAAGUGGCGCAGGCGCCACUGGCCACAGUGACAAGGUUGAGAACAAAUUGAAGGACAUCGUCCAUGAGAAGGACGGCAAAAUAGUGGCAAUGGCAGCGGAAGUAAACAAAAUAGAGAGUCUAUGCAAACGCUUCCAAUGUAUAUCUGAAAGAUGGUUAAAACAGAAAAACGGAAAAAAGGACAAAUCCUUGACAAAUGAAGACUGGAAGAAAGUGUGGGAAGGCGAUGACGGUGUAAAGAAUGAAUUAAAGGAACUCUCUCAGAAGCUGAAAGGGAAGAAUGACAGCCUUGAUCAAUACUGCAACGGUCUAGACGAUAAAACUGGAAAGGAUGCUUGCCUCCUUAUAGCAGCAGGAUUAAAGAACCUCUACGAAACUACGGGCAACGGUGACCCCAUUGAUGCAUCGUUUAAAAGAACGAUGCAAUGUGUUUUAUUAAAUGCCAUUGCAGAUGAAAUGAAGGAAAAACUUCCGUGUAAAGAGGAAAGGAGUGUACUGGAAGGGAUAAAUAAGGCUUUUGACAAUAGUGGUGAAAUUAAGAAUAAAAGUAGCGGUUGCAAUGAUGUUAAUAAAUGUUUUACGUGUGAGAGGUUCAACGAAUAUAGAAGUUGCCAGAUUAGAGAAAAUAGCAGCACAUUGAAAGUAACGAUGUUAGAAGGCAAAGUAGAUGACGUGCUCAAGAACGGUGCUAAGGAAGAAAUGAAGAAAAUUAAGGAGGUAGCUCUUAAGGAAAUAUGUAAACCUUGUACAAAUAAUGGGGAAACACUAUGUAAUCAACUAGAUUGUAUAAGAAAGAAGUGGGGACAAAUUAGGAACCAGGGGGAUGGAGCCAGCUGGGAUGACAUGAGGAGUGAUUUUGAAAAGGAGUUAAAAGCACUGCUGACAUACAUGAAGGAGGAGACUAAUCAGAACGCCGUUGCCCAUCACUGCAGCGGUCAUACUGCCGCCGGCUGGGAAGCCGGCGCUGCAAAAGAAGCUAAUGAAACUGCUUGCAAGCUCAUUGCAGCGGGGCUGCAACAUAUAUCUAAAAUUCAGCAUGAAUAUAAUGAGAGCGGUACGAAACCUGAGGAAAAUAAAAACCCUUACGAUAAUCAAGAGUUUAAACAAUUAGUUUCUUGUUUAAUGUUAAAAGCCGUCGUACAAAAAAUGAAAGAAGACAGCAAAAUUUGUGACAUACAACCGGGAAUAGACGCCGCUUUUAAAGCGGCAUCCCAAAUUAAAAACGACCAUUGCACGAAUGAUAAACCAUGUAUCGUCUGCGAAAUAGGCCAGGACGAUAAGGACAAACUUGACGGGUGCACAAUUGGCAGUAGCUCAAAGGACAAAGUAAAGGACAAAUUGAAUGACUUGCUGAACAGUAUGACAAAUAAGCCCAACGUCGAUUCCACCCUCAAGGAAGUACUUAAAACAGACCAACCCAACGGGGUACCCCUCUGUAGUCGUCUCGAAUGUUUAGCAUCUCGAGACAACUUUUGGAAGGAGGAUGGCGGCGAAGUCGCCAACUUAUGGAAAGAAUUGUCACAAGCAAUAAUAGAGGAAGGCAAAAACGGGAGCGGAACUGAAUGUGGGACGAUGGAAGAUGGCAUCAAUGUUACUAGGGAUGCCACCGAACCUGAGAAGAAGGCAUGCCAAUAUCUUACAGCAGGUUUCAACAAACUCAAGCAGAGUUCACAUUCCAACGACAGUAGCUACACCAUUCUUACCAACCCACUGUUAAGACAAACAGUGGGUUGUUUCCUUCUUAAAGAAUAUGCAAAAAAAAUGCAAAAUCAAUCCAAAUGUGUUAUCACUUCCGGUUUAAAGAAAGCUUUUGAUUCAUGGAAUCCAACUUCUAAUGUUAAUUGCACGAACGGUAGUUCGUGCAUUGAAUGUGAAUGGGAUGAUAACGAAUAUGACAAGUGCCAAAUUACCACAAAUGACAAAACUGAGAUUGCAAAAACCAAAGUUCAAGGCAUGGUGGAGGGUGGCACAACUCUAACUACCACCAUGAAGGACAUAAACACAACCGAGUCCUUAUGUCAACAACUUCAAUGCGCCGGACCCAAAUGGUUCAAAAACAACCAAGAGAAAAAUGGUGGUGGUACCCCUACUAACAAGACUUGGUGUGACUUUUGGGAUACGGCUGUAAAAAACGAACUGAAGACGAUGUUCGACAACAUCGCACAGAAUGGACAGAACAACAAGGAUUUUGCAUGUAAAGAUUUUGGUGAUGGUAAUGAAAAUAGUGUUGAAAGAAAAGCUUGUAAUCAUAUCGCGGCGGGACUAAAACAUAUUUUUGAGGUUCAAGGUGGCGCCAACGGCGGCACCCCGAAUUCAACUUUUCAGGCUGAUGAUAAGUUCUUUAAACAAACUAUGAUGUGCGCAGCACUUAAUCUUUACGCAACUAAAAUAAGGGACGCAACGGAGAAUAUUUGUCCAAUUGAUGAGGAAAAAAUAAAUGAAAUGUUCACUAAAUGGAAUGCGAACCAUAAUUCUUUGUCUUCGACUUCGCCUCCAUGUAAUGGAGGUGGUAGUACUAAUGUUUGUUUUAAAUGCACAAGACAACCAAAUUUUAAUGGUUGCAAACUAAGUGUUGACACCACUUUGGUGGAUGAAACAAAUGGAAGUUGCUCUUUUAACGAAGACAAAAAGGACGUCCAAACUCAAAUGAAAGAACUCCUCAACAACGAAGACCAAUCCAACACCAACUCCAUUAAAUCCAAAAUAAAUUCCACCUUAACUACUAUCACUGAAAUGACCUCUUCUUUCUGUACUCAACUCCAAUGCGCAGCAAAGAAAUGGAAAUCGUCCAAAAAUGGCAAAAAUGGCCCAAUUGGAACACCAUCAUGGGUUGAAAUGAAGUCUGAAAUUGAUGAGGAAUUAAAGAAACUUCUAGGACAUAUGUUGCAGGCAGAUAAACAGAAAGAAGUUGAACAAUACUGCAAGAAUGACACUGAAUGGAAUGCAAUUGGCCAUAAGCAAGGCAAAACAAAUAAAGCAGCUUGUUUACUUUUUGCUUCAGGAUUGCAGCACAUUUAUACUCAUGAUAAUGGCCGUGCUAACGGCCGUGUUAACGGCCCAUCGUUUGGACAAACGAUGGGUUGUUUAUUUCUUAAAGAAUAUGCAAAACAAUUGCAAAAAAUGGCAAAUGAGAAAAAACAAGGACAUAGUUGGGUACAUCCCAAAUGUGACAUAAAGGAGGGGAUUGAUCACGCUUUUGGUAAAAGUAAAGACAUUAUGAAGAGUGUAUUACCUCAAUGCAGCAAAGAUACUAAUGGUAAUAAUUCUUGUUUUGUGUGCACACAAAACAACGAUUAUGGAACUUGCAAAAUUGGCAUUGACAGUGUAAAGGACAAUGUGGAACCACUGCUCAAAAAGAAGAGCGACUUAAUGGAAAAAACAUUAGAGAAUACAGUCUGUCCCAUCCUUCUUACGGAUCUCCUUACCCCUUUUCUUCCUUUGGCUCCUGUCUCUAUUGGUCUUUCUGCUAUGGCUUAUUACCUUUGGAAGUAUUUUGGUCCUCUUGGUAAAGGAGGACCACGUUUCAGAAGAUCUCCUGAAAUUCCUGGUUCAUCGGUACAGGAACAAGUCCUCGAUCAUGCGCAGCAAGAUAGUUCACAUGAAUAUCGAUUAGUGAAAGAACGAAAACCUCGUUCUGCUCCAACAAGAACAAAACGUUCUGGUGGUGUGAAUCGUCGCACGAUUAUUGAAAUUCAUUUUGAAGUGUUGGAUGAAUGUCAAAAAGGCGACACACAAUUGAACCAGAAGGAUUUUCUGGAACUUUUGGUUCAAGAGUUCAUGGGAUCCGAAUUUAUGGAAGAAGAACAGGUUCCUAAGGAAGAAGUUCUUAUGGAAGAUGUUCCUAUGGAAAAUGUUCCAAUGGAAGGUGUUCCAAGUUUAGCUUCCGGGUUUAUGGUUUAG